UGCAACGAUCAGUGCAUCGUCUGCGGUGCUCGCGAUCGGUUCAAGAUGAGCUUCAAAGUGGCAACCAUCCUGGUAGUUCUGCUGGUUCAGUGGUCCGAAUCCGCUACCCUCCCGGAGCCGGGAACCUGCGGCGUCGACUUCUCCGAUCGCAUCUACGGCGGUACGAUCACCAAACCGAAGGCCUAUCCGUGGACCGCCAUCUUGGUGUUCCGAUACGGAACCUACAAGGAUCUGUACUGGUGCGGUGGCAGUCUGAUCUCGGAUCGCUACAUCCUGACGGCGGCCCACUGCGUUGAUGGCUUGAGCAGCAACUACGCCCUCGAGCGCAUCCGUCUCGGCGAGUGGGAUCUGCUGAGCGAGGAAGACUGCGACGAUGUGCAGGACUGUAACGAUCCUCCGCUGGACGUUGGAGUGGAAGAAAUUAUUAGUCAUGAGAACUUUACGAUGACCACGGUUGAAAACGAUAUCGCGCUGAUCAAGUUGAACGAAAGUGUCACCUUCACGGAGUUCAUCUCUCCGCUUUGCCUGCCGAUCGCGGAUCCGGUCAAGACCCUGGAUACCGAUGGGUUCACGUACACUGCCGUCGGUUGGGGUAACACCGAGCAUGAUAACAAGACAAUUCGUUACGGUAGCCGCUACAAGCUGCACGUUCAGCUGCAUGCCAUCAACUCGACCUACUGCAACGAAAAGUACAACGAUGAUAUCAUCGAUUCUCAGCUGUGUGCGGGAGCAGAAGCAGGCAAGGACACCUGUCAGGGGGAUUCCGGCGGUAGUCUGAUCAACGCGGUCGACGGAUACUCGUACGCGUACGGCAUCGUCAGCUACGGCAAGGGAUGCGGCCAGAAGGGAACGCCAGGAGUGUACACCCGGGUGACCAGCUUCCUGGACUGGAUCGACGAGCACAUGGAGUAGUGAUGGUCCCAGUUAACCUUUAAUCAUAUUCGCAGCAAAAACCAUUAAUAAAUCAUACCUCACGGGGUUGGAAUGUAUCGGCGAAA